AUGACUAGAUCAGUCCUAAUUCAAGCAUUUGGAAAUGCAAAACUUUUUUGGAUGGCAAGCAACGCAACUAACAAAAUUGUGCUUCGCCCGCGAGAUGGACUUGAAUUUUUUGCCGUUAACUACAAACGUAAUUGUGGACUUACCUUGGAGCCGUAUAAUCCAAAUAUUAAUUUGCCACAAUCACAAAGAUUUCUUAUCGGUAAUGAGAUAGGUCAAGUGCUUCCUAUGGCCAUUAAGUCUUGUUUGGACGCAGGACAAAAUAUUGUUGCCGAGAAUGGGCCAAUUCAAGAUUCACCACUCUCUACCAAGUAUUCCGAUGUUCUUAAAUUGUAUUGGAAUAUACUUAGUCUAAAUUUAUCAUUUACAGGUAGUUUUACCGGCAAGAUUUAA